UUUGACCACCUCGAGUCACAUCACAGAACCUUGACCAUCAACAACACAACACAAAACCCAUAGAUUCUUUAAAGGAAACAUCUUUCUUCUUCUUCUUCUUCUUCUUCACUUUCUCACUUCUCUCACUAGUUAUAUCGAUCUUUCUUCUUCUUCUUGAGUUAUGAGUAGACAAACUCCAAAUCUUGAAUCUUUACAUUAUUGUGCUUCCAAUUGCAAUACUAAUACCAAUGCCAGUCCAGUUUCUGGAUCCGGGAGCUUCAAAACAAGCAGUAAUGGUUCUGAAGACGUUAGGCUUAACAACAGUGUCAGCUUAAGUUUCUGUAGCAGUAACAGUGUAAGCAGUGAAGCUAAUCUCGAAAAGACUCAAUCUUUCGAUGCAAACGAGGCUGAUUUCAAAAGGGUCUUUGCUCCUUCGAAGCCGCAUAAAGGGAACGAUCUUAGAUGGGACGCGAUUCAGAGUGUUAAGUGUAGUAAAAACGAGGAUCUGGGUUUAGGGCAUUUCAGGCUGCUGAAGAAAUUGGGAUGUGGAGAUAUUGGGAGUGUGUAUUUAGCUGAGCUUAGAGAGAUGGGAUGUUUCUUCGCCAUGAAAGUGAUGGAUAAAAGAAUGUUGAUUGGUAGGAAGAAACUUGUUAGAGCUCAGACUGAAAGAGAGAUUUUGGGAUUGUUGGAUCAUCCUUUCUUGCCUACGCUUUACUCUCAUUUCGAGACUGAGAAGUUUUCUUGUCUUCUUAUGGAGUUUUGUAGCGGCGGAGAUCUUCAUAUUCUCCGGCAGAAACAGCCCGGGAAACAUUUCUCUGAACAAGCCGCCAGGUUUUAUGCUUCUGAAGUACUUCUUGCGCUAGAGUAUCUUCAUAUGAUGGGUGUAGUGUAUAGAGAUUUGAAGCCAGAGAAUGUAAUGGUUAGAGAAGAUGGUCACAUUAUGCUUUCGGAUUUCGAUCUUUCGUUGCAGAGUUUCGUGAGUCCUACACUGAUUCAAUCCACCUCACAACCUUCUUGUCAUAUUGCUUCCUACUGUAUCCAACCACCUUGCAUAGAUCCAUCCUGCAAAUUACCUGUAGCAUGUAUCCAACCGUCAUGCUUCAAGCCUCGCUUCCUCAACAACAAACCAAGAAAGGUGAAAACCGAAAAAGCUGGUUCAGAUUCACUCCCAAUGCUAAUAGCCGAGCCAACAGAUGCUCGGUCUAUGUCAUUCGUAGGCACUCAUGAGUAUUUAGCUCCUGAGAUCAUAAGAGGAGAUGGUCAUGGAAGUUCAGUUGAUUGGUGGACUUUUGGUAUAUUCCUCUACGAAUUGUUAACCGGGAAAACGCCAUUUAAAGGAAACGGAAACCGCGAAACGCUCUUCAAUGUCGUUGGACAACCUCUCAAGUUUCCCGAAGGAUCUAUAAGCUUUGCAGCUAAAGAUUUGAUCCGAGGCUUGCUAACUAAAGACCCCAAGAAGAGACUAGGCUUCAAGAAAGGUGCUACAGAGAUAAAGCAACAUCCUUUCUUUGCUAAUGUCAACUGGGCACUAAUAAGAAGCACAACUCCACCGGAUAUACCGAAACCUAUCGAUCUUUCGAUACUAAACGAAACCCUCAAGUCAUCAUCAAUUCAACAACAACAACAAGGCAAGCAUUCAGAAAAAUCAGAUUCAUCAUCAGGUCCUUAUUUAGACUUUGAGUUCUUCUGAUUUGGUAAUAGUAUAUGUAUUCAUCUUCUUCAUGAAUUAUUUUUUUCCCCUUUUCGGGUUGUUUCAGUUUCUUUUUGCCUCUGUAUUAAGCAACAAUUUUGCAUUUGCGGUUAGGUUAUGGUUUGGUUGAUAUAUC